AAGAUGGACCUGCUCCCAGCCCAGGAGGCUGCUAAGAUCUACCACACCAACUAUGUGAGAAAUUCCCGAGCCAUCGGCGUCAUGUGGGCCGUGUUCACCAUCUGCUUCGUCAUCAUCACCAUGGUGGUCUUCAUCCAGCCCUACUGGAUCGGGGACAGCAUCAACACCCCGCAGGCCGGGUACUUCGGCCUCUUCCAUUACUGCAUCGGCAACGCCCUCACCUCGGAGCUCACCUGCAAGGGCAGCCCGCUGGACUUCGGCUCCAUCCCUUCACCGGCUUUCAGGACCGCCAUGUUCUUCGUGGGCACCUCCGUGCUGCUGGUGGUAGGCACCAUGGUCUGCUUCAGCUUGUUCUUCUUUUGCAACGCAGGGAACGUCUACAGGAUCUGUGCGUGGAUGCAGCUGGCCUCAGCUGUGUUGAUGGUGAUGGGCUGCAUGAUCUACCCGGACGGCUGGGACUCUGCAGAGGUGAAGAGGAUGUGUGGCCAGAAGACAGAUAAGUACAGCCUGGGGAACUGCACGGUGCGCUGGGCCUACAUCUUGGCCAUCAUCAGCAUCCUGGACGCCCUCCUCCUGGCAUUUCUGUCCUUCACCCUCGGCAACCGGCAGGACAAACUGCUGCCAGAUGACUUUGAGGUGGAGGGAGCAGGAGACCCCUGAUGAACACAAACCUUCAGGACCACCGUGUGAUGCAGAUGUACUUUGAUUGUGAUGAACAGGCAUCUUGAAAUGUCUUGAUUUGCUUCAAGUGAAACCGUUUUCAUAGUUGUAUUGACUCUGGGUUAAUUGAAAUUUAACAGCUCUUUACUGCUUCACAAGAGCUGUCGUUUUUUAUUUUGUACUUCAUGUCAGACACCUAAUAAACUCACAGAAACAAGCGUGA